CCACAAACAAUACAAAAGACGUGGAGUAAUAGACCACCACCACCACCACCAACAAACCUAUCCCAUAAUUUGUACACCCCCACAUUCUAGGAAUCGCUCUCCUUGUUUUUCUUUGCUUCAUUUCCUCGAUCUCUAUGGCCAUGGCGGCGCGCGGGAUUCGCUGCGAGCUGAGGAGGUUCCAGAAUCCGGCGGUUCGCAGCGGAGGAGAUCAACCUCUACCUCCGGCUCAGGUUACAGUUCCGAAACUGACCAAGAACGCGAAGAUCAUGCUUCAGCCUCGCCUAUGCACUCUAAGAUCAUACGGGUCGGAUGACUCGGAUCUCGUCAGUGUAAUGAAGACGAAGAAAGACGGUGGAGUUGUAGGCGAUGAAGCUAUGUCGUUUUUCGCGACUCUUUCCGACUACAUCGACAGCUCCAAAAAGAGCCAGGACUUCGAAAUCGUCUCCGGUCGUCUCGCCAUGGUGGUGUUUGCGGCGACGGUGACGAUGGAGGUGGUGACGGGGAACUCGUUGUUCGGGAAAGUAGAGACCAAAGGGAUAGCCGAAGCGGCGGGGGUUGGUUUGGCAGCGGUGACGUGUGCAGUGGUUGCUGCUUGGAUGACCAGUGCUCGAACCCGAGUGGGUCGGAUCUUCACUCUGGGAUGCAACUCGUUUAUAGAUUCGCUGAUCGAUCAGAUCGUUGAUGGAUUAUUCUACGAGACCGAGAUUACUGAUUGGUCUGACGACGUCUGAAAGUUAAGGACGACAAGUCCCCAUUUACAAAGUUAGAUAGUAGUGAAUGGUAUACGUACGGAUACUAUGAGCAAGUUUGGAUGCAUAUGGAUGGGAGAUGUUCAUCUUUUGUAGACUUAACUAUCACCGAGAUUAAAUUGUAGUUAAACUUAAAUCGUCCCUACUUAUUGUAAAUUUGUAGCAAUAUAUAGCGUUUAAAAUUACAGUCACCAGGCCAAUGGCAUAUAUCCCGCUUGAUCAAAAGUGUGUCGUAGGGCAAUGUUCAUAUAUAUAUGGAGUAACACUAGUACUUAGUAAUUAGUUUUCUACAUGACUACAUCUAUUAAUCUUAAUCGUUAAGAUGAUUGUACGUACGUAUGUGAUAAAUGUAUCCUAAACAUUCAUUCUUUGGCUAUGGUCCCUCUCCCAUUAAAUCCUGAUGAAAUUGGUUUCUCUGUCACUGCUACUCGAGAGUUAGAAAUUACGAGGACAG